UUUGAUGAGAAUAAAAUAAAAUAAAAUAAAGAGAAGGGACGAGAAAUGAAUAGCUUAGGAGGAAUUAGGAGUUGGCCGGCGAAUUGGAGAAGUACGACGGCGUCAAUGACGACGACGGAGAGCGUUAGAAAGGUACCGCAAGUUUUAACAGUGGCGGGAUCAGAUUCCGGCGCCGGAGCUGGAAUUCAAGCCGACCUUAAAGUCUGCGCAGCUCGUGGUGUGUAUUGCGCUUCCGUCAUAACCGCAGUCACUGCUCAGAACACUCGAGGAGUUCAAUCUGUUCAUCUUCUUCCUCCGGAAUUUAUCUCUGAACAGCUCAAAUCCGUCCUCUCUGACUUCGAAUUCGACGUCGUGAAGACUGGGAUGCUUCCUUCUACUGAGAUCGUUGAGGUUCUUCUUCAAAAUCUAUCAGAUUUUCCAGUUCGUGCUUUGGUUGUUGAUCCUGUGAUGGUAUCUACUAGUGGUCACGUUUUGGCUGGUUCUUCUAUUCUCUCUAUCUUUAGAGAGAGAUUACUACCAAUUGCUGACAUAAUUACCCCAAAUGUGAAAGAGGCUUCUGCUUUACUUGAUGGUUUUCGGAUUGAGACUGUUGCAGAAAUGCGGUCUGCAGCAAAGUCGUUGCAUGAAAUGGGUCCUAGAUUCGUACUUGUUAAAGGUGGUGAUCUUCCUGACUCAUCAGAUUCAGUAGAUGUUUACUUUGAUGGCAAGGAGUUUCAUGAACUCCGUUCUCCUCGCAUAGCUACAAGAAAUACUCAUGGGACUGGUUGCACUUUGGCUUCCUGUAUUGCAGCUGAGCUUGCAAAAGGCUCUUCCAUGCUCUCAGCCGUCAAGGUGGCUAAACGCUUUGUCGAUAAUGCCCUAGAUUACAGCAAAGAUAUUGUCAUUGGCAGUGGGAUGCAAGGACCUUUUGACCAUUUUUUUGGUCUUAAGAAGGAUCCUCAAAGUUCUCGAUGCAGCAUAUUCAAUCCAGAUGACCUGUUUCUAUAUGCUGUUACAGAUUCUAGAAUGAACAAAAAAUGGAACCGUUCCAUUGUGGAUGCCUUGAAAGCUGCUAUAGAGGGAGGGGCCACCAUCAUACAACUGAGGGAGAAAGAAGCCGAAACACGGGAGUUUCUUGAAGAAGCAAAAGCAUGCAUUGAUAUAUGCCGGUCCCAUGGAGUUAGUUUGCUGAUAAACGACAGGAUCGACAUUGCCCUUGCUUGUGAUGCUGAUGGAGUCCAUGUUGGUCAAUCCGACAUGCCGGUUGAUCUAGUUCGGUCUCUUCUUGGCCCGGACAAGAUCAUAGGGGUCUCAUGUAAGACACCAGAACAAGCUCAUCAAGCAUGGAAAGAUGGUGCGGACUACAUUGGGUCAGGAGGAGUUUUUCCAACGAACACUAAGGCCAACAAUCGUACCAUAGGACUUGAUGGGCUAAAAGAAGUAUGUGAAGCAUCAAAAUUACCGGUUGUUGCAAUCGGAGGCAUAGGGAUCUCAAAUGCUGGGUCUGUUAUGCAGAUCGAUGCACCGAACCUAAAAGGUGUAGCAGUUGUGUCAGCUUUGUUCGACCAAGAUUGUGUUUUGACUCAAGCUAAGAAGUUGCAUAAAACGCUUAAAGAGAGCAAAAGGGGAAUUUGAACCAAAAGGUGUUUUUAGUUUUGUUUUAGGUGCUUACAAAAUGUUGUAAACCUUUUACUUCUUUACUUGAUGUAUUUUUUUUUUUUUUUUGAGAAAGCCAGAAAAGAUAAAUAGUAAUGAUUGCUACAAACAUUUUUACUUCCAAAAACUUCCAACAUUC